CGUUCGCCCUCCUCCUCCUCUCAAGCUUGGGCCAUGGCGGAUGCGGCCGGCUCGGGCGGGCGCUCCAAAGUGGCGCCCAGCGUGGAUUUCGACCACAGCUGCUCGGACAGCGUCGAAUACCUGACUCUGAACUUCGGGCCCUUCGAGGCCGUGCACCGGUGGCGCCGCCUCCCGCCCUGCGACGAGUUCGUCGGGGCUCGCCGCAGCAAACACACCGUGGUCGCCUAUCGAGACGCCAUCUACGUCUUCGGCGGGGAUAAUGGGAAAACCAUGUUGAAUGACCUAUUGAGAUUUGACGUGAAGGACUGUUCUUGGUGCAGGGCUUUUACUACAGGGACUCCUCCAGCACCCAGGUAUCACCAUUCAGCAGUAGUCUAUGGAAGCAGUAUGUUUGUAUUUGGUGGCUAUACUGGAGACAUCUAUUCCAAUUCCAAUCUGAAGAAUAAAAAUGAUCUUUUUGAAUACAAGCUUGCAACUGGUCAGUGGACUGAGUGGAAGAUUGAAGGAAGAUUACCUGUUGCCCGGUCAGCUCAUGGUGCAACAGUCUAUAGUGACAAAUUGUGGAUCUUUGCAGGAUAUGAUGGGAAUGCGCGACUCAAUGACAUGUGGACCAUUAGUUUACAAGACAGGGAUUUAACUUGUUGGGAAGAGAUUAAGCAAACGGGUGAGAUUCCUCCUUCGUGUUGCAAUUUUCCUGUAGCUGUUUGCAAAGAGAAGAUGUUUGUCUUCUCUGGUCAGAGUGGAGCAAAGAUCACCAAUAAUCUUUUUCAGUUUGAAUUCAAGGAAAAAAUUUGGACAAGAAUUCCGACUGAGCAUUUACUCCGGGGCUCUCCUCCUCCCCCACAGCGGAGAUAUGGUCACACAAUGGUUGCCUUUGAUCGCCAUCUCUAUGUGUUUGGUGGCGCGGCGGACAACACAUUGCCUAAUGAACUUCACUGCUAUGACGUAGAUUCUCAGACAUGGGAAGUUAUCCAGCCAAGCCCAGAUAGCGAGCUACCAACUGGAAGACUUUUUCAUGCUGCAGCAGUCAUCUGUGAUGCAAUGUACAUCUUUGGUGGAACAGUGGAUAACAACAUUAGGAGUGGAGAAAUGUAUAGAUUUCAGUUUUCUUGUUAUCCCAAAUGCACUUUACAUGAUGACUAUGGAAGACUGUGGGAAAACAGGCAAUUCAGUGACCUGGAAUUUGUUCUUGGAGAGAAGGAAGAAAGAGUGCGAGGACAUACAGCCAUUGUCACAGCCCGGUGUAAGUGGCUCAGGAAGAAAAUUACACAGGCAAGAGAGAGAUUGAAGCAGAAAUCUAAGCAAGAUGUUGACGAAGAAGAAGGGACACCCCAGGUGGAGACAGCAGGCAACAAUGUCAAGCUGUGCCGCCUGCAGCCGCUGCUGGAGGUGACCAUCCGGGAAGCUGAAGCCCAGCCUUUUGAGGUGCUCAUGCAGUUCCUGUACACCGACAAAAUCAAAUACCCACGCAAAGGGCAUGUGACAGAUGUAUUGCUAAUCAUGGAUGUGUACAAAUUGGCCCUUAACUUCAAACUCUCACGAUUGGAACAGCUGUGUGUCCAGUAUAUUGAGGCCUCGGUCGAUCUGCAGAAUGUGCUUGUUGUGUGCGAAAAUGCGAACAAACUUCAGUUAGAUCAGCUAAAGGAACACUGCCUGAAUUUUGUAGUAAAAGAAUCACACUUUAAUCAAGUAAUAAUGAUGAAAGAAUUUGAACACCUUUCCUCAGCUUUGAUCGUGGAGAUAGUACGAAGAAAACAGCAACCUCCACUUCGGACACAUUCCGAUCAGCCUCUUGAUAUUGGAACCUCAUUGAUUCAGGAUAUGAAGGCCUAUCUGGAAGGUGCUGGACUAGAAUUCUGUGAUAUAACUCUACUCUUAGAUGGUCACCCAAGACCAGCUCAUAAAGCUAUUCUUGCAGCCCGCUCCAGUUACUUUGAAGCUAUGUUUCGUUCUUUUAUGCCAGAAGAUGGGCAAGUUAAUAUUUCAAUAGGUGAGAUGGUUCCAAGCAAACAAGCAUUUGAGUCUAUGCUAAGAUAUAUUUAUUAUGGUGAAGUGAACAUGCCUCCUGAAGAUUCUCUCUACCUCUUUGCUGCCCCUUAUUAUUAUGGAUUCUACAAUAACCGACUCCAGGCAUAUUGUAAGCAGAACCUGGAAAUGAAUGUUACUGUGGAAAACGUGCUCCAGAUUUUAGAGGCAGCUGACAAGACCCAGGCUCUGGAUAUGAAGAGACACUGCCUGCAUAUCAUUGUUCACCAGUUCACCAAGGUUUCGAAACUGCCAAAUCUUCGGUCCCUCAGUCAGCCUCUCUUACUUGACAUCAUAGAAUCAUUAGCAAAUCACAUAUCAGAUAAGCAAUGUGCUGAACUUGGCUCAGAUAUCUAAGAUUUCCCAUAUUCUUCAUAUUGCACUUUUUCUUCAAGAGAUGGCACUUUUCCUACCUGUACCACCAGUCUCUGUCUAACCUUUGUUACCAUUCCACGUUGAUCUGGUGAAGAAUGUCCUCAAAGCAUGGAAACCUUUGAAUGUGUGAAAGGUAAAUUUGAACCUGAACCUGACCACAGGGAUGCAAAGAGAAGAUGGAUGAUACAACAGUUCUCAGGCAUGUUGGCACUACUAAGAAACAAGCCUGAUAGAAAUAUUUACUUAACUUUAUUACUGAUAAUGCCUCUUUGAUUCUUUGUCCUUGAGAGCAUCACAUUUGAACCAUGACAAGAUGGUUUUAUCCAAACACAGAAGUUGCUUCCUUUUCCCAUCAGUACACUUCUGAUGCCUGACACAAUUCCAUUUAAUCAGGUGGAUUAAGAUACAGAAGCUGAAGGAAAAACGAUUCAGUGCCUGAUGUUUUCAGGUAAUUAUGAAUGCAGUGGAGCAGCCAAAACUGUGUUCUGCUUCUCCGUCAGUGUAACAAGUCACUACAUGGAGCAUCUGUUGACAAGGUGCAUCCAGCAUAUAUUUGUUAAGUCGUAGAUGUUUUUCCUUUCCCAGCAUCUAAGCAGAUGUCACCAAAGACUUUUCGAAACAAUGUUAUCCCUUUCAUUGUGUCUGUUUAUAGUUUAAAGGUUGAAUAUACUUUCUGAAAAGCAGAGUGGCAAAGAAAUGCAAAUGUAUAUUGGAAUGUGGUGUGCUCUUGAAAGCCUUUGAUGCAAUCUUUUAAUUAGGGAACAUUAAUGCCUGAUACUUUGCACACUUACCGGUAAGUUCUCAGUAUAGCUUGAAACAUUCACAUAGAAAUUGAUCAAAUAAAAGUUGUCUCCUUGUU